CGCUUAUAAUGGCUUGAAUAAGUACCUCUGUUUUCUUAACUAAUUAGGAAUGUAACAACUUCAAAGCUGGAAAUUUACUUCGGUCACAAAACCAACAAAAAAAACUAGAUGUGACUGGUGUAUUUGGAGCCUCAUGCCGCCAUGAAAUACCAUUAAUGUUUUUGAACAUGACUCAUGGAGAAAGGCUUGCAUAUCCAAAGUUCAUCAUACGUGAGCUGGAGAAAAGAUAUAAGGACAAAAACAUUCAUCUGCAUUUCAUUUAUGACAUUGCAUGUGUACUUUUUACACACAUGCAUAAUUCCUCAAGGUAUUUCCAUGGCUGUACCAGCAUUUCAUGUUUAUGGACAUAAACUGCAGUGUCAGAUCAUGUACAGCACACGAAGGCUUCCUGGAUUUGGGCUAACAGAUGGUGAAGGCAUGGAGAUGUUAUGGUCGUUUUUGAGAAGAUUUUCACGAGUGACUAAAGAGAUGACUCCUUCCCAUCGGCUUGACCUUCUGACUGAUGCCUUACUCUAUUAUGGAAGAAGAAAAUCAACAGAUCUAGAAGUGCAGCUCAUUCAGAGAUGGGAUAAAGCAGAGAAGGUCUGGAGUCUUGCUGAGGAGGAGAUUUCUGCAGUUCGGAAAGAGGCACCAAUGUGUAUUUCAGAACGUGACAUACAACAGUGGAUGGAAACAGAGAUUGAAGUUGCCCAACCUGCACGUUUGAAAACAAGACCCACAGACACUGUUCCGAGAUGGAAAAGGAAUUAUGUCAUGAAGUUGACUAAAUUCAAUCAUCUCCGAUCCCUGAACCAGGAGUACCCAACUGGAGAUGAAACACAGCUGGAGAGUGAUCUUCAAGCAAUUGAGAGACACUAUGGAAUAAAACAAAGAUGGUGUCAGUCAGAUGAGAUUUUCCAGUCCACAUUGAGAGACCUUGACCAGGAAGUCAGAGGUCACCUGAUUUUACAGGCACAAAAUGAAGCCAGGGAGAGAGGGUCACUCUUCUCAACCUGAAAAGAAAAUAUCCUGAUGGACAGGGAAUUGCUAUUAGGCUGUCCAAGCAGUUAAACGCCUGCAACAGGAGACUGAAGAAGAUUAUUACAGGGUACAAUGGUCUGCAGUGGCCACCACAAACCACCAAGUUCCCAUCACAUUUAGAAUUUCCAGAUGUGCAUGAUGUC